UUCACCCCCCUCCCGUCACCUUGGCAACACUACCGAUCUCUCUUUCUGCAGCGCAACGGGAGGCAAACGCACGUACUUUCAAGAGAAACGCGGAAACCACGCCCCUUACCGUGUUCUGAUUGGUUGCAAUUGCCCGGCUUGUUGUGAGUCAGCUUAUAUAAGGAAGGUCCGCAGUCGCGGCGGCCAUUUACAUUUUCUAACGCCGGAAGUAGUGUAGUGCUGUGUGUUGUGCGAGUCCGUACCAAUGCCGAGGCAUGGCUUGCCGCUCUAGCUUCUCUAUAGGGGAGAUACAGAAAAUGCGCUGUGUGCUGAGGGAGAAGAAGCAAGAGAAGAGAAAGGAAUUUCUGCCCGCCGUUUCCUUCCUUGGGUUCUGCUGGAAUUCUCAGAAGCCUGCGGCCCAGGAAACCUCCAGCCAUUUCUGUUGGAGCGCUGUGGUGACUGGCUGACAAUCAGGGAACGGCAAUGGGAAUCAUGGAUUGGUACUACCGUACCCUUGGCCUGUACCCAAAUAAUCUUACAGCCCCUCUGUCUUAUUGGCACAAGGGGACAGCAUUCCAGUUGGACACGGUCAGGGCUAACCCUGAGAUGCAAGCCGUUGAUGCUGAAAUGAGCACAGGCAUUGUCAUGGUCUCAAUGGCUGCCAGAACCAUGCAAAUGUUGCUUUCUCUGGCCAAAGCACUCGCAUACCAAAGGCACUGGUACUGGAAAUGGUCUCCAGUUGCCUGGAUGGGGAAAGUGGCCAGGGCAGUGAUGUGGCUAUGUUUUGGUUUGCUUGGAUCUCUAGUAGAAAUGGAUAGCUCGAUCUCUGUGAGAUUCUUCUGGAUAGGUCUGACGAAACCACCUGCACAAAACACUGCUCCGCGAGAGGAAAAAGGCUUGCGUGUGAUUAAACUGAUUCAGGACAUGCAACUUGUGACUCUAAAUUGCAGUUGUGAUGAUCAGGGCUUCAUGGAGAAGAUGCCACACAAAGAAGCAAUAUUGUCCUCCUGUACAAACCCAAUCAUACUAUCUAUGGUUUAUCUGCCAUCUGAUGAUGAAGAUGCUUUAAGCACGUCCGAGGCAUCAGAGCUAAACGAAUUAGAAGUUGAAGGCGAGCAACUGUGGGAGGAUGAAGAGGAAUCCUGCUCUACUGAAAAUAAUAUAUCAACAGACAGUGGCAUGCAAGAGCUCUGGACCCCUGGCUCUAAAAAUGAUACUGAGGAGAGUGAUUGGUCUGACGAGGAGAGUGAUUGGUCCAGCGAGGAGAGUGAUUUGUCCAGUGAGGACUCCUGGGACUCUGACAGUGACACAGAGAGCUGCAAAUUGAAUGAAGACCUUUGGGCAUCUUUCUGUCGAAAUGAUGAUCCCUACAAUCCCCUUUGUUUUGCCAUGCCCACAAAAACCUCCCAGAAAACUCAUGAACCAAAGGACAUUACUGAUGUGAAAGACUCUUCUACAGGGGGCAGUGUUGCAUAUUCAGUGUUACUGGGGGAUUCUGGAGCAGAGGCAAAGAAAAAGAACUGUAGAAAUCCCAGAGUGGGUAAAAGAAAAAGCCCCUGGGUCAAAGACUCGUCUCCCAGUUCUGUAGAGGUGGAGCAAGAAAAUGCAGACUUACUUGAGCCCCAGAAACUCGAAACAGGGUUUAUUAAAAGAGUCCAUUUCUCACCCACAGUCAAUGUGCAUCACAUGGUGGUUUGGAGCUAUGCCUAUAGAAUGGCCCGCAAAGGACCAUGGGAGGAAUAUGCAAGAGAUCGCUGUCGUUUCCAGAGGCGUAUUGCUGAGGCAGAAGGUGUCAUCAGAAAUUUUUUGCAACCUCAGCACAGAGAGAAAAUCUGGACUAGUCUCCAAGGGAACAAUAAGGAGUAGUGAAGGAUUUGUGGCACCUUUAAAUUGUAAUCCUAUAGUAGUUGGUGGUUGAGGGAAUGUAACCCUGACUUUAUUUAUUGCAUCAUUGAGUAGAACAAAACUGCAUAGAGGAGGUUAUUUAAUUAACUUUAUUUUAACAUAUCAUAUUCCAUAGGGCUAAUACACGAUGCAUAGUUUCUGCCAGUUCAUAAUAGCCAAUGAGCAGGCAGUAUUUGUCUGCUGUUCAACAACAAAAAAUCAGAUGAUGUGGGGGAACUAUUGUCUAUCACUGAUACCACUGUAUUAAGCAGAAUUUUAAAUGCCAAGACUUGCAGUGCAUUGCUGUUUUACCAUUGUAUGUAUGUAUAUGCAUAUAUAUAUGUGUGUGUGUGUGUAUAUAUAUAUAUAUAUAUAUAUAUAUAUAUAUAUAUAUAUAUAUAUAUAUAUAUAUAUAUAUAUAUAUAUAUAUAUAUAUAUAUAUUCAUUCAUUCACAUACACGUACAGUCCAGGUGUUUACAAAAUGCAAAGAUAUUUUCCAAUAUAUAUUUUAAUACAAAUGUGCCAAAGUCUCCGUGUGAAACCCGCUUCCUUUUAUAACUUGUUUUGUUUCUCAGGCUGCGUCAUUUUUUUUAAAAAAAAUUCUUUGGAAUAAUUUAUUUGAAUCCUAUGAUUGUGAAUAGGAAGUUUUUAUUGGGUGGGGGGGUUGGACUGGGAUUAGUAUAGGUUUUCAGGUCACUGCUUCUGAUAUCUGUUUUGAGUGGGCUGAUGGCAAUUCCACUGCAGGGCCUGAUUUGGAGGAAGGGGAACCCCACAAUUAGAGAUGCACCGAAUCCAUCCCAAAAGAUUUGGCCGAAUACCGAAUCCGAAUUCUAAUUUGCAUAUGCAAAUUAGGGGUGGGAAGGGGAAAUAUUUUUUACUUCCUUGUUUUGUGACAGUCACACAAUUUCCCUCCCCGCCCCUAAUUUGUAUAUGCAAAUUAGGAUUUGGGUUCGGCCUGGCAGGAUUCCUGGAUUCGGUGCAUCCCUACCCACAAUAUAACCCCAUGAUACAACAAUGUUAGGGGUUGAAUCAUUAAAGGGUGGUUCACGUCUAUAACUUUUAGUAUAUUAUAGAAUGGUCAAUUCUUAGCAACUUUUCAAUUGGUUUUCAUUAUUCAUUUUUUAUAGUUAUUUGACUUUUUAUUUUGACUCUUUGCAGCUUUCAAAUGGGCAUCACUGACCCCUUCUAAAAAGCAAAUGCUCUGUAAGGCUACAAAUGUAUUGUUAUUGCUGUGUUUUAUUACUCAGUUUUUCUAUUCAGGCCUCUCCUGUUCAUAUUUGCAGUCUGAUAUUCAAAUCCAUGCAUGAUUGCUGGGUACUUUGGACCCUAACUACAAGAUUGCUUAAAAUGCUAAUUAAAGAACAGCUGAAUAGAAAAGCUAAAUAACUCAAAAACCCACGAAUAAUAAAAAAUGAAAACCGAUUACAAAUUGUCUCAGAAUAUCACUCUCUACAUUAUACUAAAAGUUCUCAAAGGUGAACCACCCCUUUAAUGAGGGAUGAGCAGCCUGCGGCCCUUUGACAUUUGUUAAAUUACAGCUGAUGGUUUUCUCCCUUAAAUCAA